UGCUGGAGUAUGUGAAUUUCCAAUUGGGAUUAAUAAAAUAUCUAUCUAUCUAGAUUUUCUAAUUCCACUUUCUCACUGAAUCAUACUCAAUAAUGGCUUCUCUUACCCAUAUAGUGGAUAAGUGAAGGUCUGUCCUGUUUAUUGUAGAUGGCAAAAAGAGGAAUGGUUUCCAGUUGUACUAGCAUUACAUGCCUCCUAAAAUUAUUUACCUUCUUACUAAAUGAGAAGCAGUCUGUUUUGCUCUUGUGUGGUUCUUUAAAUAACUUUACUUUCAGAAGAAUGACUAAAGUAUACUUGUGUACUUCGGUUUUUGUUGAAUGUCUGAAAAUAAUACUGCGCUAUUUCUACAGGAGAGUAAGAUGCAUUUACCAUUUACGUGAUAUUUUUAUCGACAAGAUGGAGAAGAUUUGCCAGGCUGUCCAGACAUCUCCCAAUAUGGUGUAUAAAUGUGAAGAAGGGGACAAAGGAAAGGUAAUGUUAACUCAAUCAUUAGACCAGAACUCCAUUUUUGAGUAUGCUGUGGAGAAAAGGACGGUGCAUAUUAAGGAAGAAAUGUGUGAAUGGGAAGCUGUCCAUUGCAGCCAGGAGAGCCUGUCCACUAUGAAGGAGGAUUGCGAGCAGGAGGCAGGCGUCACCAAAGAGGACUUUGACCGCAAGUCUGUCAGCACUGACAUGCAGAAGUAUGUGAUUGGAAAUGGUUUCAAAGAAGAAGGCACUGACUCCCCGCUUCUCUCGCAGUAUUUGCAUCCUAAUGAAGGUGUAACCAGGCGGGAGACGCCUGAGAGUAGACGCAGCUUUCUUCAUUCUGCCCAUGUGAAGUCUGAAACAUUGAAGUCUGACCGAAUGACGACUGACAAAGCAUCGUCUCCAGAUCAUUUUGCCAAAGAUUUCCAAGAGAAUGGCAGCUGUUCAGUGUCUUCAUUUCAAAAGGCCACCCUUCAGGAGAAAACAAAACUGAAACAGCAUAGUGAAAAUAUUGGAACUACUGUGUCCUGUGUGGUGAGUUUGAAACUGGCUUCUGCAAAUUGUUAUCGUCUUCCUGUGGUCAAGCUGACCAGGAUUGAUUCUAUCAAAAGUCUUCAGUGGCUCCAUAAUAAACAUUCUGUGGCUUUGUUUACCUGCAGACUGUGCGGAAGGUGCUUUAACUACAGAUCACAUUUGGACGAGCACCUGAAAAGGCAUAUUGGAGUGAAGUCACAUUUUUGUAAUGAAUGUGGUAAACAAUUCAUGCUGAAAAGUCACCUUCAAAGGCACAAGAAAAUUCACACUGGAGAAAAGCCAUAUUGCUGUUCUAAGUGUGGCAAGAGAUUCCUAAACAAAAGUAAUUUUCAACGACACAAGAGAACUCACAAUGGGCCUCGAGAGAAGCCAUAUUGCUGUGUUGAGUGUGGCAAACUAUUCACAGAAAAGGGCACACUUCAGAGGCACAUAAGAACUCACACUGGAGAGAGGCCAUAUAGUUGUACUGAGUGUGGAAAACAGUUUGUGGAGAAAAGCAAUCUACGGAGACAUAGAAGGACUCAUACCGGAGAGAGGCCGUAUUGUUGCACUGAAUGUGGUAAACGAUUUGUCGACAAAAGUCACCUUCGGAGACACAGAACUUCUCACACUGGACUGAAGCCAUAUAGCUGUGCUGAAUGUGAUAAACGAUUCAUAAGCUUAAGUGAUCUUGAGGUGCACAAGAGAAUUCACACUGGUGAGAAGCCAUUUAGCUGCAACGAAUGCGGCAAGCAGUUUGCAAGCAUACGCACGCUUCAGUCACACAAGAGAAUUCACACUGGAGAGAAGCCAUUUUCCUGCACUGAAUGUGGUAGGAGAUUCAUAGAAAAAGGAUCCCUGCAAAAACACAGGAAAACUCACACAGGAGAGAAGCCAUAUCGUUGCACCGAAUGUGGCAAACAGUUCACAAGGAUACGGAAUCUUAAGGAACAUAAAAGAAUUCACACGGGUGAAAAGCCACACUGCUGUACUGAAUGUGGUAAGCGUUUCAUAUGCCGAAGUUCUCUACGGAAUCACAAAAGAAUUCACAUGGGAGAGAAACUGUAUUGCUGUACCGAAUGCGACAAGCGGUUCAUGCAAUUAAGUCAUCUUCAGGCCCACAAGAGAACUCACACUGGAGAGAAGCCAUAUGGCUGUACACAGUGUGGUAAACGAUUCAUGCAGAUCAGCCACCUUCAAGCAUACGAGAGAAUUCAUACAGGAGAGAGGCCAUACUGCUGCAAUGAGUGUGGCAAAGGAUUCAAACAAGUAAGCGCCCUUCAGGGACACAAGAGAAUUCACACUGGCGAGAAGCCCUACUGCUGUGCUCAGUGUGGAAAGCGAUACACUCAGAGAAGCAGUCUGUAUGCACACAGUAAAAUCCACAUAGCUUUAAUGAACAGGGUAAAGGAUAAUGGUAACAAAUCCUCUGCAGAGACACAGUCAAAGGUGCAGCCAUCCAUUUUUUGAAUCGGCUUCUUUCACCAUACAGCUGAGGAAGCUUAAACUGCAGUGGAGUAAGGAGAGAACCAGUGCACCAAAGACCAAGAUCAUUAUCUCCAGUGUAUAAAUUAAUCCAGGGGGCUUAACUGA